GUAGUGAAGAAUGAAUUGUUGGAAAAAUACUACAAACAUGGAGGGAAGUUCCUUACCAUGCUUCCAGACGGAACGGCGCAGUUAUUCUAUCCAUCUGGAAAUCUGGCAAUCAUUGUUGUACGACAGAAAAACCGGCUUACUUGCAUAGUACAGGAAGACAAGCCAAGUAACGCCGCAAUACAAGCAGUAUUUAAGUCCAAUGGCAGAAGUACUUGCUAUUACCCAAACGGAGCUGUGUGGAUAAACAUGAAUAUUCAGGGAGGGCAGUAUUUGGACCAAGAGGGCAGCAGGGUGAGAAGGUGGACGUGGCCCAACAGCAUCGUGUCAUCAGGACCCCACGUCCCGCUGAGCCCCAUCUUCAUCUCCCUGAACCGGCACGUGGGAGUCAGGAUCCUGGGCCAGGACAAGAUCACCGUUUCCUUCCUCGCCAUGGGGCAACAAGCAAAAUUCAACGUGGGAACCAAAGUGCAGGUCAGCGACGUCAGCCGGCUGCCUCCCCCGACCCGGCUGGGCGAAGACGAGCUCCUGCUGCUCGCCUUCAGGGUGAGGAUCCUGUGGCUCUUCGACAGACUGCGUGGAUGCUUAAACUUUCCUUCUAAUGAGCAACGGGACAAAAUCAAGCCUCCAGCGUACCUUAUCACACAGACUUUAAAGAUCUUACAGCUUUGCACAACUUCUGACAUCAGCGAUGAGCUACGCAGCUCUGUCAGGGCGAUAGUAAAUGCUCAAGUCUGA